CUGUAGGCGAUCUUGAAUAUGACGCAAGUGCGAGCAGAUAUAUGACGCAUGGCGCAAGGUUUGGUUCAACAUAUGAAGGUCACAUGGUUUCCGGGCUCCAUUCAGAUGUGGAUACGAGGUGAAUGUCAUGCGUCUACGGGCGCUCAUCGCCGUCAGCCUUGCCGUCGCCUGUGCGCUUCCAACGAGUCGCUGCCACGCGAUGCUGCCACCGGGUGUUCUUCUCGGAGAUGCGCUUCUGAAGGGCCAGGAGCCUGCUGAAACAUGCAAUGCAACCACAACCACUUUUACCCACACAAGCACUACCAGCACAACAAAUAGUAGUACCCUCACGUCAACUACCACGUCUACAACAAGCGCCACCUUGACAUACACCAACUUUACUAAUGCAACAUCAACCUCAACAUCCACAAUGACGUCCACGAGUUCUACCAGCUCUACAACCACAAGUACAACCUCCACUGUCUCAUCAACUAGCAGUGUGUCCACGAGCACAAGUAGCACUUCGAACUCAAGCUCAACAUCGACAACAACAUCAUCAUUCACAAGAUCCUCAUCAACAACAUCAUCAGUCACAAGGUCCUCAUCUACAAAAACCACAACCUCCCUUACAAUGACAUCAACAACUGCCACUGCGACCACGUCAUCAACGACUUCGGCCACUUUGACCACCUCCUCGACCUCAUCAUCACACACCACCUCGAGCAGCACCGUUUCAAGUAGUAGCACCUCAUCAGCAACCAACACAAGCACAAGUCAAACCUCGAGCACAGAGUCAACCACAUAUACGACAUCAACCUCCAGCUCCACCACAACAUCGACAUUGACCUCCAGCUCCACCACAACAUCGACAGCCAGCAUCACGACCUCGACCUCAUCGGUGACUGAGACCUCUUCCAGCACUGUAACCAAUACCACUUCGACAACAGUGACAUCAACCUCUACAAGCCUGUCAACCACAUCGCAAACGUCCACAUCCAGCGUCUUUAAUGGCACAACAGAGAACACAACCACCACAACAUCUACCACUACCACAUCCAUCACCAGAUCAACCAGCUCAAUCUCGUCGAGCCAAACAUCCACGUCAAGCAGCACGGCCACUUCAACGACUUCAACCAUCUCGUUGACCUCCAUAACAACUACAAGCCUUACUUCCACCACGACAACACGAUCUAGCAGCACCACAAGCCUUUCGAGCACGAGCACAUCCUCCUCCACUUCGACUACGUCUUCAACUAACACAAGCACGUCCGUCACAGUGACAUCAACAUCCUUGACACAGACAUCUACCACAAGCUCGACUUCCACAACAUCCAGCUCCUCAAGCACAUCGGCCUCCUCCAGCACGACAUCUACGAGCACGACCAUCAAGUUCUGUGAUACGAGAGACAUUUGGCCUGGCAUGCCGCUUUUCACGGGGAGCGCUUGCGACUCCGUGGGUGCUGGGGGGACCUGCACGUUGACGCUGAUCGAUCUGUGGGCCGAGGGCAUCCAGGAGUGCUACGAGCCCGGCCCAGCGGAGCUCUUUUGUCCCAUGGACGACGACCUCACCCUGAUACCGAUGUCCGCCAACUUGCUGUGCCAGGUGUGCAGCGUGGGGACAUUCACAGACAUGGAUCCCAGAGCUGGCAUUCUGACUGGAGUCAUCCACUUUGGCCCAAAUCAGAGAGGUGGGGCUGCGGACGAAAGCGUGCUGUGGGGAUAUCGCUUGACCUUCACUGAUGCCUGUGGCGCAGAGCUGGCAGAAAUUGGCAAGGUUAGCAAGAGGAGCUAUCCCCCAGCGGUGUGCUGUGAUCCCAAGCGCUACAGUUUCAGAUUAGAGUCUGUGCUUGUGCCUCCUAACGCUGUGGGCAUCAUGGUAGCUCCGUACAAGGGCAAUUGGAGGCUUUUGGGCGGAGUUAGCAUAAGCUUCACUGAUUUCCACGUCUCUUCCACUCUGACCACGACCCUCUCGACGUCCACUUCCACCUCGUCCACAAGCUCCACAUCGAACAGUACCACAACCACAAGCACUUCAAGCAGCGCAACCGUCUCCACAACCACGUCAAGUACUUUCAGCACCAUCACAUCUUCGAGCACUUGGACCCUGUCUACCACCGAGACACUCACGUCCUCGAUGACAACGACUGUGCCGCGAACAAGCAAAGCAGCAUCGCGUGGGUUGGAUUGGCUUUGCUUGGCAGCUGUGCUGCUCCGAUGAGGGCAUCCCGACCUUGAAACUCGCCGAGUUUGUUAAUGAUAGGGCGUCCACAGCGAUGCCAGCGCCUAAAUUCCGCGUGCAGGUUUCACCAAGUGCUCCACGCUAAGCGUGUGACU